CUCUGCAGUGCCUCCCCUGUCUUCUACCUCUUUUGCUGGCCAUGCAGCUGCACAUGCCAUGGCUGGGGUUGGAGCUGUGUACUGAUUGACUGCUACCUUUUGGAGUGGUUAAGAUAUCGAAUCCAGUUACCCAGGAAUAUGAUUGAAAACAGUAUGUUUGAAGAGGAGCCUGAUGUGGUUGACUUGGCAAAAGAGCCUUGUUUACAUCCACUGGAGCCUGAUGAAGUGGAAUAUGAGCCAAGGAGCUCCCGUCUCUUAGUACGUGGCCUUGGAGAGCAUGAAAUGGAUGAUGAUGAAGAGGAUUAUGAGUCAUCAGCAAAAUUGUUGGGGAUGUCCUUCAUGAACAGAAGCUCGGGUCUGCAGAAUAACAUGUCUGUAUAUAGACAAAAUACAAAUGGACCAUGCUCAGUGCCCUCUACGAGGACCAUGGUAGUUUGCACAGUUGUUUUUGUGAUUGCAUUUUCAUUAAUCAUAGUGAUUUAUCUUCUUCCCAAGUGUACAUUUACCAAAGAAGGCUGCCAUAAAAAAAAUCAUACAAUGGAACUAAUAUACCCUUUGGCAACCAAUGGAAAACUAUUUCCAUGGGCAAAAAUUAGACUUCCUCCUGAUGUUGUACCACUGCACUAUGAUCUUGUCUUGCAGCCAAAUUUAACUACUCUGAAAUUUGAAGGCUCUGUAAAAAUAGUUGUCAACAUCCUCCAUGUAACUCAGAAGAUUGUACUUCACAGCUCAGGACUUAAUAUCACCAAGGCAACAAUUAGUUCAGCACAAGGGCACCAAGCAAAGCCAGUUGAAUUCCUGGAAUAUCCAUUGCAUGACCAGAUUGCACUCAUGGCUCCAGAGGUUCUCCUUGCAGGACAGAAUUAUACUGUCAACAUGGAAUAUUCAUCUAAUUUAUCAGACACCUACUACGGCUUCUACAAAAUUUCUUACAAGGAUGAGACCUCUAAGCAAAGGUGGUUUGCAGCAACUCAGUUUGAACCUCUGGCAGCAAGGUCUGCUUUUCCAUGCUUUGAUGAACCAGCAUUUAAAGCUACUUUUUUAAUCAAGAUCAAAAGGGAUGAGAAACUUUCCACUCUGUCAAAUAUGCCAAAGAAAGCCACAACACCUGUGACAAAUGGAAUUGUUGAGGAUGAGUUUUUUGUGAGUUUGAAGAUGAGCACCUAUCUAGUAGCUUUUGUUGUUGCAGACUUGAAAAACAUCAGCAGGGAAACUAAUGGGACUCUGGUAUCUGUCUAUGCCAUACAGCAGCAUCUAAACCAAGUUGGGUAUGCCCUAGACACAGCAGUGAGGCUUCUGGAAUUUUACCAAAAAUACUUUUUAAUGAAAUACCCUCUUGAGAAAUUAGAUCUGGUAGCAAUUCCUGAUUUUCAGUCUGGUGCAAUGGAAAACUGGGGUUUGAUCACCUUCCGAGAAACAACACUCUUAUUUGACAAUAAUACUUCUUCAGCAAGGGAUAAAAAGCUAAUAACUGCAGUGAUAGCACAUGAGCUUGCCCAUCAGUGGUUUGGCAAUCUAGUAACUAUGGAGUGGUGGAAUGAUCUCUGGCUGAAUGAGGGAUUUGCCACGUUCAUGGAAUACUUCGCCAUGGAGGAGGUUUUUCCAGAAUUACAUUCA